AUGAAGCUGAUACGACAGAGCAUCGAGAAGAAGGAUGGCUCAGGUAGCGCGACGCUCCUGCCUGAGGAGCCUGAGGAUAUGGUAAGCGAUUCUCACACAUAUCUUGAGUCGCGUGGGCUGAUUAGUCUUACAGUGGCAUGCAUACAACUUGAUACGACCCACAGACGUCGUCCGAGCGUCCGCCCGUCGAAAAGUAAUCACCGACACUGGUACGAGCCGAGCAUCCGAACGAGUCUACACGAACCUCACGAUCCGAGUCACAAAGCUCGACUUCGACCCACAAGUGGGACAACUACACGUCUCUGGCCGCACAAUAGAAGAGAAUCAGCAUGUCGUGCUGGGGAGCUAUCACACCCUCGACCUGGAGCUGCACCGCAACUUUACGUUGGAAAAGGCGGAUGGGUGGGACAGUGUGGCGCUGGACACGCUGAAGGAGGCGAUCAACCAGGACAAGAAGGCGCAACUAUGGGCGAUAGUCCUACAGGAGGGACUGGCCAACAUAUGCCUGAUCACGGAGCACCAGACGAUACUGCGGCAGCGCGUUGAAGUCUCGCUGCCCAAGAAGCGGGCAGGAUCGAGCGACUACGACAAGGCAGUGCAGCGCUUCUAUCAGACCACCCUCGACACGUUCUUGCGGCAAAUAGAUCUUUCAGAUCCGAAGCCGCUGUUGCUUGCAAGUCCCGGCUUCACGGCGAGCAGUCUGCAGCGGUUCAUCAAGAACCAGGCUACCACCAAAGCCGACAAGCUGUUACAGCAGCAAGCUCAGAAGAUCAUUGUCGCGCACUCCGCCUCGGGACAUCUUCACAGCCUCGGCGAAGUAUUGGCCAGUCCAGCAGUCACCACGAAACUCAGCGAUACCAAGUUCGCGCGGGAGACGGAGCUCAUGGACCGCUUCAUGGAGCUCAUCCGGCUGGACGAUCAGCGCGCUUGGUACGGACCGAAAGAGUGCGAGCGUGCGGUCGAGCUGGGAGCCGUUGGUAAAGGUGGCGGCGUGCUGUUGAUUUCCAACUCGCUCUUUCGAGCCCAGAGCGUGGACAUUCGAAAGCGAUGGGUAAAGGUUGUGGACGAUGUGAAAGAGCAGGGAGGCGAAGUCAGGGUGUUGAGCAGUAUGCAUGAGAGCGGCACGAGGUUGGAGGGCUUGGGAGGAAUCGCUGCGAUUCUGACGUAUCCCCUCGAGGAGCUUGACGAAGGACUCGAUUACGACUUGAACGGAGGAUACGAUUUGACUGAUGACGAUACGAAUGGAUUUGACAAUGGAAUUGAAGGACGGGGACAUGCUGAAGAGAUAGAGAUAUAG